AUGAUGGAAUAUCAUGAUUACAUCGUAUCGAAACACGGACAGAAAGAACUCAUAUUCAAACAGCAGCGAUAUUGUUUAAAACAGAAAAAUAUCAAAUCGAAUUUACGGCGAUGCACAAAAGCACAAUGUCCAUCCAGUGUCACUGUGUCAUUUGAUGGACAUUUGUUAACAUCCAAUGAUCAUCCCAAUCAUUUUAUUGAAUCGAAUGAAAUAAAAAUUCUCCAACUUCGACAUAACAUGAAAAAAGAAGCACAAACAGCAUCGGUUCCCAUCGAUGAAAUUGCAGAAGUUGGCUAUUCACACAUGAUUGUUCAAGAACAAAUGACUGAUUCGAUUCCCAAACUACCGAAUAUAAAGACAUUGAAGAAUACACUUAGUAAACAACGACGUAAAAUACGACCACCUUUACCUAAACGUCUGGAGCAUUUGCCACACUCGAUUCCGAUUCAGUAUACUAUGACAAAGCGAGCCGAUACUUUAAUACUUUUCUUUUGUAGGAGGGGUAAUUAG